CAGACUAGACGGGCCAGCAGAGCAAAAGCCUGCCCCGAACUCAAAGAGCUAAAACUGAGACAUCUGCUGGGUUUGAAGAGGGAGAGACCUGUUGGAAUUUACUGCUGAGAUCCAGCUUUGAUUUUCAUUUAAUGAAAGGACUUUUGCAACAAGUCAGACCUGCACAUAACUUUAAAUGAGUUUUGCACUGGAUUUGAUCCCUUUUUAGAUUUUUAUGCGUGUGGACAGUUUUGUGGAAGUUCGUUGGUUUUGUAGCUUAUAGUGGAAAAGCUUUUGAAAGGAUUUACUUGCUUCCUCGUAGAGACUUUAUUGUCAGUUUCUCUUCGCUUGUCGGAUUUCACAGUUACAUGAUGUGGUUUUUACGCGUUUCCAUUGGUUUAAUUCUGUGCGUCGCCGCGGCGCACAGCGCCUGGGAGGAGAGCACCGUGGUGCCGGUCAGACUAGACCCCACAGCCCGGUCGGAGAGCGAAACCGAACCGUGGCGGACUCUCUCCGAAGAGGAGAAGGAGAAGGAGGCCGAGAUGAGGGUGUACCGGUUGGACGUAUUUGGUAAUGAGCUGGUCUUGCAGCUAGAACCCGACCAGACCUUCUUGGCUCCGGGUUUCGUCUUCCACAUUGUGGGUAGUCCCGAGUCCGAACCGACGCAGGAACCCAAGAGCGGAGCAGAGCCGGGCUGUUUCUACUCGGGCACGGUGAACGGAGAGGAGAGCUCCGCCGCUGCGCUCAACCUGUGCCACGGACUCAGGGGCGGAUUCUACUUUCACGGUGAAGAGUACUUCAUUCAGCCCCUCAACUCCAGCGAAUUCCUGGGCACCGAGGAUGAUGUCCACACGAUCCGCCGCAGAGGUCGGGCAGCUUUGGCUGAGGAGGGGAGCUCCAAGUGCGGGGUCAACGAGGACGAGGAGAGGGUGCCAAAGAAUCUGGAGAAAGAAGCAAAGCACGGAGCCGCUAACGCAGACCAGACAGCCCACCACAGGACCAGGCGUUUUGUUUCCACCCCUCGCUACCUGGAGAUCAUGCUGGUGGCUGACCAGUCCAUGGCUGAGUUCCACGGCGCUGGGCUCAAACCCUACCUCCUGACAGUCAUGGCAGUGGCAUCCCGCCUCUACCGCCACCCUACCAUCCACAACUCCAUCAGCCUGGCGGUGGUGAAGCUGCUGGUGGUGUACGAGGAGGAGCGCGGCCCUCAGGUGUCAUCGAACGCCGCCAUGACCCUCCGCAACUUCUGCCAGUGGCAGCGGCAGCACAACCCGCCAAGUGACCGCCACCCUGAGCACUAUGACACCGCUGUGCUCUUCACCAGAACAGAUCUGUGUGGGGCUCACUCAUGUGACACUCUGGGCAUGGCUGAUGUUGGCACAGUGUGCGACCCUGACAGAAGCUGCUCAAUUAUUGAGGAUGAUGGGCUUCAAGCAGCAUUCACCGUGGCACAUGAACUGGGUCACGUCUUCAACAUGCCUCAUGAUGAUGCCCAGCUGUGCUCCGGGGUCAACGGUGCCCACUGGGGCUCCCACAUGAUGGCCUCCACCCUUUCCAACCUGGAUCAGCAGCAGCCAUGGUCCCCCUGCUCCGCCCUCAUGGUCACCACCUUCCUGGACAACGGCCAUGGUCAGUGCCUGCUGGAUAAGCCGGUCAAACCUCAGCCGCUCCCCCAGCCCCUCCCCGGGACGGUCUAUGACGCCGACCAUCAGUGCCGACUGACCUUUGGCGAAGACUCCCAGCACUGCCCCGACCUGAGCACCACGUGCGCAGCUCUGUGGUGCACUGUGACAACAUCCAAUGGUUUGCUGGUGUGCCAGACCAAGAACUUCCCCUGGGCUGAUGGUACGCCAUGUGGCCAUGACAGCUACUGCCUGGCUGGACAUUGUCUCACGAAGAGUCAAGCUGCUAAACACCAGACUCCUGUCAAUGGUGGCUGGGGAGUGUGGGGUCCCUGGGGCGACUGCUCUCGGACCUGCGGUGGAGGAGUGCAGUACUCCUUCCGCGCCUGCGACAACCCUUUGCCCAAGAAUGGGGGCAAGUACUGUGAGGGCAAGAGGAUCCAGUACCGCUCCUGUAACACAGAAGCCUGCCCCGAUACCAAUGGCCUGUCGUUCCGUGAGGAACAGUGCCUGGCCCACAACGACAUGUCGGCCCAAGUGUCGCUGGGUUCAGGAGAGGGUGUUGAGUGGGUGCCUAAGUAUGCUGGAGUUUCACCCAAAGACCGCUGCAAGCUGGUGUGCCGGGCCAAGGGAACUGGAUACUUCUUUGUCCUCAAAUCUAAGGUGGCUGAUGGCACACCCUGCAGCCCAGACUCCACCUCAGUUUGUGUUCAAGGCCAGUGUGUCAAGGCGGGAUGUGACCGUGUCAUCGGCUCUAACCAGCGCUUUGAUAAGUGUGGUGUGUGUGGUGGAGACGGCUCUACCUGCAAGAAAGUGUCUGGUGCUCUGGAGCGUGCCAGGCCUGGUUACCAGGAUGUUGUAACUAUCCCUGCUGGUGCCACCCACCUGGACGUUAAGCAACGUGCCCCAGGCAACGGUCGUCAUGAUAACAGCUACCUGGCGGUGCGUCGUCAGGAUGGAACCUAUCUGUUAAAUGGUGAUUACAAACUGAUGACCAUGGAGACUGACAUUCCUCUUCGAGGGGCACUGCUGCGCUACAGUGGCUCCGCCGCCACCCUGGAGCGCAUCCGGAGCUUCGCCCCACUCCCCGAGCCCCUCACCAUCCAGGUGCUGUCUGUAGGGGAGGCCCCAAGGCCCCGGGUUAAGUACAGCUACUUCGCCCCUAGGCCCAAUAAUGCUGCUUCCUCCAACAACAGUGGAGGCCGCCGCCAGUCCAUCAAUGCUAUCCGAGAGGUGGGUGGAGCCGAGUGGACCCUGAGGGAGUGGGGUCCAUGCUCCCAGACCUGUGGGGGAGGAAUGCAGCAGAGAGAGGUGGUGUGUCUGGACCCCCAGGGUCGUCUCUCCAGAGAUUGUCCAGAGGAGCUGCGCCCCUUAGCCUCACGGUCCUGCGCCUCCCAGCCCUGCCCCUCCUGGCUUCUCGGAGAGUGGUCUAUGUGCUCCAAGACCUGUGGCCGAGGCUUCCGCAAACGCCAGCUGCGCUGCAUCGGCCACGACGGGCGCACGCUUACCCAUGACAGCUGUGACCCCAAAGACCGGCCGCGACCCCUGCUGGAACUGUGCAAUCAGGGUGCCUGUUAAGGACUGCUUCACAAAUCUAACCUCCUGUCAUCCACCCAGCUUUCAGAGAGAAAUCAGAUAAACACUCUGAUCUUCACUGCCUCCUUUUUUUCCUGCAAACAAUCUAAAGAGGCUGAUGAAUGUUUACAUCCAGAGCCAGACUGCUGCAGGUUUCCAUGGGUUCCAGGUAGUCUAACAGUCCCACAUGUCAACGGCUCCACAAUGACUGUGACUGUAACCGACUCUCAUCCAUUGAACCACAGUGGCACCGCCACCUAAACGCAGCAACAAAGACUGAUUACAGUUUGCUGCCCGUCUGUCCUCAGCACAGCAGUGGCACAUUUCGCCUCCCAUAAAGGAGAAGAAAGCAUGGACAUUCCUGAUUUCCUAAAAAAAAAAAAAAAAAAGCAUGCUGCUUACCGUGCCAAUGUCAUGCUUGAGUGUGUGUGUGUGUGUGUGUGUGUGUAUGUGUGUGUAUGUGUGUGUGUGUGUGUGUGUGUGUGUGUGA